AUGCCAUCACAAAGGGGUGUACGCUUGUCAGCGCGAGAGUGCGCUCUUCUCAUUGCUUUGGGACUUCCUGUUUUGUUGAUUCAUCUUUGUGACUAUAUUGCUGAUAUUGGAGAUUCUCAACUUGGGAGUGGCAAUGAUAGUGGGUGUUCUUGGCAGCGGGACCUUUCACUGCUUGAGCUGUUCUCUGGCUCGGCAACACUGACAGCAACGUAUAGUUGGUGCCAAGGCAAUAUUACGAUUGGGAAGCCCGAGGAGCUGAGAACGACUUCUUAUCAACAGUUGGCUUCUUGUGGGCCCUGA